CUGGUUCACAGCGACAUCAUUCUUUUUGACUGACUUCGCCCAUCUCUCACCUUGAAUCGCCGAAAUGAUUAUCCCUGUUCGCUGUUUCUCCUGCGGAAAGGUUGUUGGUGACCUUUGGGAGCGUUACUUGCAGCUCCUGGACGAUGGUGUUCCCGAUGGUGACGCUAUGGACCAACUUGGCUGUAAAAGGUACUGCUGCCGACGAAUGAUCAUGACUCACGUGGAUCUGAUCGAGAAGCUCCUUCGUUACAACUCCGCCGAGAAGGACCGCUCCAAGGCUCAAGUAUAAAGCCAAUUAGUUCACCAGUCGAGACUUCAACCUGUCGUCCUCAUGCCGAAACUUCCCCGCCAAAGAAUGCACAAUCGUCACGUCUCUCCUUUCUGCUCGACCAUUAAACCUCCCACCAUCCACCACUGUGCUUUUCCUCGGUCAGAAGAAAGUGAGCGCAGUUUGACAAUGGUCAUUCACAAAGCGUGCGAGCUUGAUAGUGGCUCUCGAUCUCAGUCAGUUUUCACCAUUGACCAUUACCAAUUCGAGAAUGUGCCAUGUCCAGUGAGGUGGUUUUGGAUAUGAGUGGACCAAGCCCCGGGGAUGAGAGAAGUCCCCCGCUGUUGAUUCUUCUGGUUUUUGCAUUUAGGGUGGCGUUGCACACUACACAGUGGGAUAUGGCGUAAAGGAAGGCAUUUGCGUUUUAAUUUGUCGUUAUCUUCAAUGAAGCUUACAGCUCAGCGAGUUGCAGUCUGUAGUCUGACCUAGGGUACGAGUAUAAUCAAUAUACUUCCAGUCCGGGAG